CACGUACCAGUACCACUCACCAAGGCACCCAGACGAGAUGAAGAUAUCCAUCGCAGCAGCCGCUGUCCUCCUCCUGGCCCUGGCAGCCACGGCUAGCGCGGUCACGUUCGACGUGACGAACGAGGCGUCGAGCACAGCCGGCGGCCAGCGAUUCGACAGGGAGUACGGCGCCGCCUACGCCAAGCAAGUGCUCUCGGAUGCUUCCUCCUUCACCUGGGGCAUCUUCAACCAGCCGGACCCCUCAGACCGCAGGCCCGCCGAUGGCGACACCGUCACCCUCGCCGUCCGCGACACGAACGGCAUCGCCUCCACCAGCGGCAGCACCAUCGAGCUCAGCGCCCGCUCCGUCGGCGGUAUUACCGGCGACAACCUCAAGGAGCAGGUGGACGGGGUGCUGUACCACGAGGUGGUGCACGUGUGGCAGUGGGGGCUGCAGGACUACCACGAGCACCACGGGAUCUUCGAGGGGAUCGCGGACUACGUGCGGCUCAAGGCCGGGUACGUAGCGGCGAACUGGGUGAAGGAGGGCGGCGGCAGCCGGUGGGACGAGGGAUACGACGUGACGGCCAGGUUCCUGGACUACUGCGACUCGCGCAAGCCCGGGUUCGUGGCGGAGAUGAACGGCAAGCUCAAGGACGGCUACAACGACGACUACUUCGUGCAGAUCCUCGGGACGAGCGCGGACCAGCUGUGGAACGACUACAAGGCCAAGUACUCCCAGGGCUGAUCCGUUUCAUGUUGCAUCGCAUGCAUGUGUACCGGUCUACGUCUAUGUACUGAUAUACUAGUAGUAUACUUGUAUUACUACACGGUUGAUGUACUGCCUGGAAUGGAAUAAAUCAACGUUCGCAAGGUUGAGCAGAAAA